UGGAUAUUGAUGCUGUUGUAUUCACUAUCACUGUCUUUAUUUCUUCCACAUCGACUCUAGGACACAGAGAUAGAAGGCAGAGUGAUGGAUCUGCUGAGCAGGACAGACCCAAGCAAAGUGAACCUGGAUGAGCCUAAAGCUGACCAAAUUCUCACCCUCACCAACAAUAUGCUGCUACUCAUCCACUCCCAGACCCCCAUUACCAAGAGACUCAUCAAGAGCUAUUCUACAGAAGUGUCCCUGGACCCAGAGACAGCGCACCCCAAGCUGGUCAUCUCCCUGCACGGUGACAGUGUCACCUACACAGACACCUGGCAGGAACUACCAGAGCUCCCAGGACGCUUUGACACCACCCUCAACGUGAUCAGCCUGCAGGGCUUCAGCUCUGGGCGUCACUACUGGGAGAUAGAUGUGGCUGGGAAGACUUACUGGGAGCUGGGCCUCACCUACCCCACCAUCUCCCGCAAGGGCCGGGCCGAGGACUGCUGGCUGGGUCGCGGCUCUGACUCCUGGGCCAUGGAAUUCUUUGACGGGGAGUACACAGCCUGGCACGGUGGGGUGCCCCACCAGCUGCCUGUCACGAAACACUUAAGCCGUAUUGGGGUCCUGUGUAGUUUCCCAGCGGGCCUAGUGUCUUUCCUGGGGGCGGACAGCAUGACCCCUCUGUUCUCGUUUUGUGUGGGGGCGUUCAAGGACUGUCUCCACCUGGCAUUGUGCCCAGGUCACGACCACAACGGUACGAACGCCAAACCAAUUUUGAUCUGUAACGCACCUCCAACUCCUAGUUCUAUCCAGAAUGCCCAAGAAUGCUGACUCUGCUCCUUAUGAUACUCAAAGGGGAUGAUUCCCUUUUUAAGCGAUUUUCUCUCAACACGUAUUCUGACCUUGAACUUAGGCAUGAGAAUAGCACACUAUUCACCUGCUUUUCUUUUUGGGUGGAUAUCUAAUAUCUAAUGAAGGUGUGGCAGAGGUGUCUAUAGAUAUGCCAUAUUCUCACAUCGACUUAAUGUCCUAAUAAUUCAGCCACCUUUACGCAAGAGGAAAAAGUAUCUACUUAAUAUUUUCCGAUAGAAAUAACAUCAUUCUCCAUGCAGUGUAAUUUACAAUUUCAUGAGAGCUAUUGAAAAGAGCUAGGUAAAUUAGUAAUCCAUUUGGAUAAGGGGAUUGUAAAUAUUAAUGAUACUUGUUUCAGAUAUAUUUUAUCUUAUAAUCACUGGAGACAAUUGUGAAACCAGUCAUAUGGCAACAAAAUUAAGCAUAUCGAUAUAUCAACUUUGUCACAUCAAAGAGUAUGAAAUGUAUUAUGCAGAAUUUUAAUUGUACAGCCUUUUAACUUGCAGGGAUGGGCUCUCUUGAAUAUCUUAAUUAUAGGCUACCCCAACUUUCUCUGUUUCCUAUUUCUAUUGUGUUAAAUAUUAGCCACUAUCAGUAUUUACAGUCAGUAGGCUUAAUAACAACACAUCUGCCAUUCUGCCCUUGAGCAAGGCAGUUAACCCCCAACAACAAUUGCUCCCCGGGUGCCGAUGAUGUCGUUUAAGGCAUCCCACACACCUCUUGGGUUAAAUGUGAAAGACACAUUUCGGUUGAAUGCAUUCAGUUGUGCAACUGACUAGGUAUCCCCUUUCCCUUGAAUAACUGAAUGUGGCACUUUUCAGAAUGAAUCAAACAAAACUUUUGUCUUUUGUGAUUCACAAAUGUGACCGAUAGGCUCAAAUCUGGCUUAUGUAGCAACAUUUGAAAUUGCGUUUUUUACAUUGGAUAAAAGUAGUAUAAAUGGUAUAUCAUACACUACAGUUGAGGAACAAUGGGAAAGUAAUCUUGCUUUGAAAGUUGAUAAAUUUGUAAACUCACUUUUGAGAAAAUGUCCAAAAGUAGAGACAAAAUGGUAUAUAAUACACUACAGUUGAGGAACAAUGGGAAAGUAAUUCUGCUUUGAAAGUUGAUAAACUUGUAAACUCACUUUUGAGAAAAUGUCCUUGUUUUGGAACUAUUACUGGAGAGCCCUUCUUUGUCAACACCCCUUCGGCAUCGUUCACAACCUCUUUAGCUUUAGCCCCACCCAUCUCUUUAAGGGUUGAUCCAAGCUUUCUGUACUAUCAACAGCAAUCAAGCACCCAAGCUAACUUGCUAGUUACUUCCAGACACAAAUGAGAGAACAGCUCACUCAACAUUACUCGCCCUAGCAGAGCUGGUUAGGCUGUU